UUGAGCCCCAAAAAUAAUUAUCGUAUAAAUGAGAAAGUAGGAGGAGGAAGUGAAGAAGUUGGGGGAAGUUGUGCAUUGAAUUGAGAAAAUGAGGAAGAGGACGAUUUGGGCAUGGGGAGUUGCCAUCGUAUGCUUCGUAGUGCUGAUGAUCGUCACUCCAGCCAUUCCCCAGUCUCAGGCCUACCACGAUUUCGCCGAUCAGCGCACCUUCUUUGGAAUUCCUAAUAUGCUUAACGUGGUUUCAAAUUUCCCGUUCCUUGUUAUUGGUGUAAUUGGGCUGGUGCUUUGCUAUUAUGGGAAUUAUUUUAGGCUAAGCUUGCAAGGCGAGCUUUGGGGCUGGACAUGUUUUUACAUAGGUGUUGCCGCUGUUGCUUUCGGAUCUUCAUACUACCAUUUGAAGCCAAAUGAUGCUCGUCUUGUGUGGGAUCGCCUACCGAUGACUAUUGCAUUCACCUCAAUCAUGGCAAUCUUUAUCAUUGAAAGAAUUGAUGAGCGAAGGGGAACAAUAUCUAUCAUUCCUCUACUUUUGGCGGGUCUAGUUAGUAUAUUGUAUUGGAGGUUUUUUGAUGAUCUCCGACCAUAUGCUUUGGUCCAGUUUGUUCCCUGCAUUGUCAUUCCCGUGAUGGCUAUUUUGUUGCCUCCAAUGUACACACACUCAACAUACUGGCUCUGGGCUGCAGGAUUUUAUCUUUUAGCCAAGGUGGAAGAAGCUGCUGAUAAGGUGAUUUAUGGUUGGACACAUCACAUUGUAAGCGGGCAUACACUCAAGCAUUUAUGUGCGGCAAUGGUUCCUGUUUUCCUGACGCUCAUGCUGGCAAAGAGGACUGUUCAAACAAAUAGGCAAAGUUUACUCGAGAUAUGGAAGAUUUCUUGGACUAAGGUUAAAGAAAAUGAGUACACGGAAGAGGUAUCGUACACUACUGUAUCAACUAUGGAAUCACAAACAUAGUUCGUUUGUUGUCCUUUUUUUUUUUUUUUCUUUUUUUGUAGUUGUUAAACAAUCACAAACAUAAUUUGAUGUCAAUAAAAUAAUAUUUUCAUUCAUGUAUAUUCAC